CGCAACUUCAACAUCAGCUCCGACUGAUCUUCUUGGUUCUUGGGGUAUAAAACUAAACUGAAUACUUGAGCUGCUGUUGUUGAAAGCGGGAAUUCCACUAUUCAAUGUCCGGCAUCUCAAUCGCAUAGCCAUGAAUGCUACGCUGAAGCUACAAGCCAUUGCCCGUCGGCCGGCGCUGUACUCCAACAUCCUCAGACGCACGACACAAUGGCGACGCUACUCGAGCGCUAUCCCCACGCUGGACGAUACGCUUCCCUUGGCGGGUAUUCGGGUUCUUGAUAUGACGAGGGUUUUGGCUGGUCCAUACUGUACACAAAUAUUGGGAGACUUGGGAGCAGAUGUUAUCAAAGUUGAACACCCUGUGCGCGGCGACGACACCCGUGCUUGGGGCCCACCAUACGCCAAAUAUGAAGAUGCGUCAAAGGAAGGCCCUGGGGAAAGUGCUUAUUAUCUAGCUGUGAACCGCAACAAGAAAUCAGUCGGCCUCUCCUUUGCCCAUAAAUCCGGCGUCGAGAUUCUCCAUAAGCUUGUAAAGGAGAGUGAUGUUCUGGUCGAGAACUAUCUUCCGGGAGGUCUCAAGAAAUACAACAUGGACUACGAGACGCUGAAAGCUAUUAACCCCAAAUUGAUCUACGCAAGUAUUACCGGGUAUGGCCAAACAGGGCCAUACAGUAACCGGGCUGGUUAUGACGUUAUGGUUGAGGCAGAGAUGGGACUCAUGCAUAUUACAGGUAGUAGAGGUGGUGAACCCGUCAAAGUCGGCGUGGCUGUCACGGACUUGACAACGGGACUGUAUACGUCGAAUGCCAUCAUGGCUGCACUACUUGCCAGAGCUAGAACCGGCAAAGGACAGCAUAUCGAUGCCUGUCUGAGUGAUUGUCAAGUCGCAACUCUAUCGAAUAUAGCAAGUUCCGCCCUGAUCAGUGGGAAAAAGGACUCCGGACGAUGGGGCACAGAGCACCCAUCAAUUGUACCCUACCGGAGCUACCAGACCCUUGAUGGAGACAUCCUGUUCGGAGGUGGAAACGACAAGUUGUUCGGAGUGUUGUGUGACAAGCUGGGGUUCCCGGAAUGGAAGACCGAUGAGCGUUAUAUCACAAACAGUGUCCGUGUUCAGCAUCGGGCACAGAUCGACAGUAUGAUUGAAGAGACAACCAAACAGAAGACCACGCAGGAAUGGUUGGAAAUCUUUGAAGGGAGUGGUAUGCCAUAUGCCGCCGUGAAUGAUAUCCAAGGCACCCUUAAUCAUUCCCAUGUCCAAGCACGCGGAAUGGUCACAGAAGUCGAUCAUCCAGCCUGCGGUCCCAUCAAGCUGGUGAAUACACCGAUCAAGUAUUCUGAAGCCAAGCCAGGUGUUAGAACACCUCCACCAACCCUGGGCCAACACACGGAUGAGAUCCUUGGACAAGUCCUCGAUUACGGCGAAGAAGAUAUUGCUCGGUUGAAGCAGCAGGGGGUGGUAUCGUAGAAGAUCUAUCAUCCAUCACUGCCAUCGUCGUAGGGUUCUUAAGGGGGGUGUCGACCGCCCACAGAUUCACGGCCCAGUGACCUAAGAAAGAGGUAAACAGGUGGUCAAGCCUCGAUGAGGCAAUGAGAAAUAGAUGAUCUUAAUGAUAUACAAUGCAUUGGUAGACCAAGAGUCGAGCGUCGAGCGUUGAGAAGAGCAGCCCAGAAAGGGCGCGGGGACAGAAAUCCCUUCUAUCACGUGAUGCUAUAUAAACGUCUGGAUCCGUUCACGAUGCGAUCCUCUGUUAUUUCAAAAACGACAAAUAAUCAGAACUUAUGGAGGCAUUCCUUC